AUGUUUUUAAAUAUUUUUUUAUUAAUUAUUUUACUUCCUUCAAUUAUUUAUUGUGUAUAUAUUCAAUCAGAAAUAACCGAUUCAAAUUUUAAAGGUGAAGGUCCAUUAAAAGAACUUCAUAAUCGGGUCUCGGCUUUUAUUUCUGAGAAAUUUAAUGUAAAUAUCAAAAAAUUUCCCAAUUUGUCCUUAAAUAUAGAGGAAAAAGGGAAAAAUAAAAUAAAUAAUAAAGAAAGUAAAAUAAAAGAAAUUAAAAGAAAAACGAAGGAAGAUGAGGAUGAAGGAUUGAAAAAUAGGAAAAGAAAAACAAAUUUAAUAAAUUCUUUAUUAAUGCCAGAAAAAGCUAUAAUGAACAAAAAAGAAUGGGAACAAAUGUUAAAAGAAGAUCCCAUUCUUGCUGAUUGCCUCUUCAAAAUGGAUAUUGAAAAACAAAUUAACAAUAUAUAUUACCAAAUACGUUGGUUACUUGAAUCUAGAAGGUUUAUUUCAACAGCAAGUUCUGAUGAUUAUAUUAAAUUAAAAGAUGUAACUAAAGAUUUAAACGAACUUCAAUUAGAUAAUAAACAUUUAAUUUAUUUAAAAAAAGUUUAUAAAAGACUUGAAAAAAAUUUUAAAAAAUUACAAAAAUCGGUAGAAAAAGAGGAGGAAGAAUUAAAAGAAAAUGAAAGAAUAAAUAAUGAUUAUGUAAGCAGUGGAAGUGAUCAGGAAAUUAAAGAAUUAAAUGAAAGUAAUUUUUAA